GCCCGGCCCGGCGGCGGGCGGUGUGGCGGUCCCUCCGGCCUCUCCGACAGGUGGGCCGGCGGUGGGCUGUGCGGCCGUGUUCGCCUUUGCCCGCUCCCGCGAGUUCAGGCCCGGGAGGGACUCGGCAGCCAGAGCCGCUGCCCAGGGGUAGAUGGGGUUGUCUAAAUAAGGCAAAAUCUUUUACUUAAUAUGAAGAAAAGCAGAGGUCGGACAGGUCGAAAGAGAAGAAGAAAACACUUCCAGAGUUUUAUGGGUGGAGUAAACUGCAGUCACAAGCUGGAAUACAUUAAACUCAAGAAAUGGCUGAAAGACAGAGGAUUUGAAGACGGUAAUUUAAGGCCAGCAGAGUUCAAGGAUACAGGAAGAGGACUGAUGACGACAAAACCUCUUCAGUCAGGGGAUCUGAUUAUUUCAUUGCCUGAGAAAUGCUUACUCACCACGGGCACUGUCCUUAGUAGCUCCUUGGGAGAAUACAUUAUGAAAUGGAAGCCUCCUGUAUCUCCUUUGAUAGCACUGUGCACAUUUUUAAUAGCAGAGAAGCAUGCUGGUGAGAAAUCUCUGUGGAAGCCAUAUCUUGAUGUUUUACCCAAGACAUACACUUGCCCUGUUUGUUUGGAGCACGAUGUAGUAAGCCUUCUUCCUGAACCUUUAAGAAAGAAGGCUCAAGAGCAGAGAACGACGGUCCAUGAGUUGUACAUGUCUUCCAAGGCUUUUUUCUCUUCCCUGCAACCUGUGUUUGCUGAGAACACGGGAACUAUUUUUAACUACAGUGCUCUAGAGUGGGCUUGGUGCACUAUUAAUACCAGGACAAUAUACAUGAAACAUUCACAGAGGGAAUGUUUUUCUCUUGAGCCAGAUGUUUAUGCGUUGGCACCAUAUUUAGAUUUGCUAAACCACAGUCCAAAUGUUCAGGUAAAAGCUGCAUUUAAUGAACAGACAAGAAGCUAUGAAAUUCGGACAAAUUCACAGUGCAAAAAAUAUGAAGAAGUAUUUAUCUGCUAUGGGCCUCAUGAUAAUCAGCGACUGCUACUAGAAUAUGGAUUUGUUGCCAUGGAUAAUCCUCACAGCAGUGUUUAUGUCUCAUCAGAUACUCUCCUCAAAUAUUUCCCACCACUGGACAAGCAGAAGAAUGCAAAACUUUCCAUUCUAAAGGAUCAUGAUUUCUUACAAAACCUGACCUUUGGAUGGGAUGGACCAUCUUGGAGACUCCUCACAGCCCUCAAGUUGUUAAGUCUCGAAGCAGAUGAAUUUACUUGCUGGAGGAGAACGCUGCUUGGUGAUGUAGUUUCAGCCAGAAAUGAACAGCAGACUUUGAAUAUAACAGCAAAAAUAUGCCAUUUUUUAAUAGAGGAGACACAGCGUGUCCUUCUCCAGAUUUCCCAGUUGAAAAGGAACAAAGAGAACCUCAAAAACCACCUGGCUUUGGUAGAAGCACUACGCUUGGAAGAUUUGAAGAUAUUACAAAAAUCAGCUGAGAUUGUUUGCAACUUGAAUAUUGCAACAACUUGACGUAUCUGUAGCUGUGAUAGCUGUGGCUGAUUGGAUUUGUUUUGUCAUGGAUGUGCCUUGCUCAACUGUUUUGGUGGACCUGAGCAGCAAAGAAUAAUAUAAAAAGUCAUCAGAAUGUGCCUUGUUUUAUUUACGGGGUCACCCAGGACCCAGAGUCUUAUUUUGGUCUUUGCUGACCUUCUUCAGUAAUACAAAAGAUUAGCCCAAAUGAUGCGGGGAGCACAGGUGGCUUUCAUCACAUCUCACUGAAACCGUGACUGCUGUGAGCAAAACAGCUUCUGGGGUAAUUUGAGCAGCCCCAGGACUGUGGGCUCCAGCAGUCCUAGACUUUACAGCUGCCUGUGUGGCUAUAAGUGUGAAUUGUAGGGUCAAGCAGAUACUCCUCAGCAUGUAUUUGAACUCUGGCUUUUGGAGAGGAAGAGGACAGAGCCGCUUGUAUUUGCCCUGUACCGAUCCUUUACUUUUUCCCUGAGAUCUGUACAUGUCUCCAAGUUUUAGUAGUUCAUGUAAUGCCUGUUCACUGUUGGAGUAGUAAGUGCAGACUAGAGCACAGAUCAGCCCUGUUGUGACCAACUCCAUUCCCUUUGCAGUUUCAGCCCAAGUGUUUCUUGAAUGUAAGUAAGUGUGAAUUUCCCUCCUUUACUCUCAAAGCUCCCUCCUGACACACUAGUUUGUGUUCUGACUCCUGGUGGGAAUGAGAACUGUAAGGAUAUGUCACUGAACUCUUGUUUCUUGUUUGGAAGACUACCCAGACAACUAAUUGUGUUUCCAUUCAGUUCUAGUGAUUACAUUGAGAAAUGUUCCUAUCCUGUAUACAGGGAGAUAGUCUAAUGAGAAGCCUUUCAGUAUUAGUUCUGCUUAAGUAUGGAGCUUGAGCUCUCUCUGUUGUUUAGAGAAGAGAGAGACUUCAAAGGGCAUUUCAGGGCAGGACCCUUACGUAAGCUGUACAAACUUAAUUGUGCUUGUGUUGUGAUUAUUUUCCAUUCUGUGGGGAAUCAUAUUUCAUACAAUUUUUCAUUGCUAUUUUUAACAUUUUUUUAAGAACUGUGUUUUUAAAAAGUUUAUUUUUGUAAACAUAUUGCUUCAUGUUCUACAAGACUUCUCUUUGAAAUAAAUGAAAUUGUAUACAGCAUUAAAGGCAUUCUAGCUAAUAAUAUAAUUUAAGGAAAAAAUGCAACAGGUGAAAACUGUGAAGUAUUCAAGCUCAAAUGCACUUUCAGACUUUCUUUGGUACCUUGUCAACAAAAAUGUUAUUGUGUAAACUGGCUUGGAUUUGAAGAUUCCAGGGGUUUUCCCUGCUUGCUUUUUUUUUUUUUUUUUUUUUUUUUUUUCUGUCUCAGUCUAUUUGAGGCAGGAAGUGUCUUGAUACCUGGAGCACUGAGAAGGGCUCUUCCUUACACAGAAGGGUAUGUUGCUUUAUGUUCAAAAGACUGGGGGACCUUAGGAAUGUAACGGCUGUUACACAGUUUCCAAAAGCAAAAAUUCUUGGUUUUGAAGUGCCAUCUUCAUAACCUCUUCUGAGGAUUUGGAGAUUCUGAAAAGAAGCUUUUUUUCUGCCUUGUUUACCCCAGUGCACUGAGACUUUUAUACUCUUGGGCUUUCUGUAUUGUUCACAUGGGGAUGCUGACAGUUUGUGGUUACUCUACAUUUUGGAGCAGAGGGCAGGGUGAAUGAAGUGGGAGACGAGCAAGUGCUCUCUGAAGCUAGAAGCACAUUUCUUACAACCUUUGUGCCAAAUUAAUUUCAUAUUUGCCUAAACUGGGCUUUUAACCCUUGAAAGUCACUUGGCACCAUAUUUUAUACUCUAGUCCGCUCCAUUCUGAAGUACCUCCUGGGAUGAGAUGACUGUCUGGAUUUGGGAAUUCAAUCUCUGCUGAUCUCACCAAGGGCAAUUCUCAUCUCGUGUAAGGGUCCUUCUGUACUGCUGAAUCUGACUACAGCAGAGAUAAGCGGGGCUGAGCCCCCUGACGCUGUGGCUGUUGCCCAUUCGUUUUGAUCAGGUCUGCAAAAAGGUCUACAGAAGUCAUGGGUGACAUGAAGAGGGUGGCUGGUGACUGAGCAUUCACAGUACAAGAAGGAAGGGCUUUCAAAGGAAGAUCGAAGAAGUCAGGCUCAGAGCUAACAAAGUGCUAACAAAUCUAUUGAUGUUACUUAAGAAUAUGGAUACAAAAGUUGACAUGGGUGCAGAGCACAUACAGGGAAGACAGAGCUGUUGGCAGUUCCCAGCCAGCCAAACAACUUUAGUCUUACACAGUCCCCUGAUCUCAAAAUACUUGAAGGUUGGGAGGGUAUUGAUGGCAAGUAUUGUAUACAUUUGCCCUAUGCUUGCUCUUUUAGGGUGUUGGUGGACACUGUGGGAAACUCUACUGGGCUAGAGGGAUUCUUGCUUUGAACGUGUCCUGCAAUUUUGAUGAUUACAGUUGAACUGUUUGACCUCUUAAUAAAAAU